GGCUUUUGGCUUUAUCUUUGGUGUAAAAUGGCGGUGUUUCAUUGAAUGAAAGAAUAUUUUACCGUAUAUUGUGCUAAAUCGCAAUCAUGUCGGAGGAUAAAACUGAAGUGGAGACGUUUUUUGGAAGAUGUAGAUGUUGCCUCACAUAUGGCUACUUAAAAAACAUGUGGUUAGAACAUAAAUACAAUGGAAAUCCAGAAAUAUACGGUGAAAUGCUUGCCAAAUGUUUUGCGUUGACUUGGGAUCAUUCCGAGGACUCCAUAGAGCAGGACCAGAUAUGUGAGGCCUGCAUCGUUCGACUACGUGAUGCAUAUGACUUUAAGAAGGUGGUCUUGGACUCACAGGAGGAGCUUACGAGGAUGUUGGAAGAUGAAAAUCAUGCCACGAUAAAAGAAGAAAGACUUGAUGAGCAACUCUUAGCGGAACAGGGAGGUGAUGACGGUGAUGAUAAUUUAAGUAACACGGAGACAGAAUACAUAACAUUCAAUAAUGAUACAAUGGAGAGCAUCAAGGAGGAGGCUCCGGAGAUGGAGUAUACGGACAUUGAGUACUUGGAAGAUGAAGUAGCUAAUAUAACCAAGGCUGAAGAUAAUAGCAUGGUUGAAGAUUACACUAAGGAUAGUGCUGAUUCUGACUCAUCCCAAUCAUACAAACCGGAACCAGCUAAAAGAAAGAAAAGGCCAAGGGUUUCCGAACCUGAAGAUGAUGAUGAUGAGAGUGGUAAACCCAAAAGAAAAUGGCCACCAAAGCUCCCUAAAUCUGAGAGACACAAAACAUAUAAACAGUAUUCAGAAACUGAUCUACGGAAGUGUUUAGACGAAAUCCGUAGUGGAGCCCUAACGCCCGCUGAUGCAUCUGUUCAGUACAAUAUACCAAAGAAAACCAUCUGCGCUAAAAUCAAAAUGAAUUCUACAGAUGUCCCGAUUGACAAUACAACGCAAUCAAAAUUGGAAAGACGCGCGAAACGGCUAAGGAAAAAACCUACAAUGUUUAAAACUUCCGCACUGGACGAGAAAACAUUAAAACAAAUAGAAUGUAAUAAAGUAAAAAUGAAAGAUAUGAACGAUACAAAGGUUGCAAAGGAUCCAAUUGAUAAAAAUAAUGAAGUUAAAGAUUUUGAAACUAAAAUAAAGAUUGCACUUGAACCUGUCAAAGAAUUUGAUCAAGUCAACGCAGAACAAGUUAGAACACGUUACAAAGCGAUAGUAAACGAUAAAUUCAAGAAAGGGACCAAGGAGUCAGUAAAGCAAGAAGUUAACGAAAUGAAUAAACAUAAAGAUAACCUUAAAACUAUACUACAUAAUUCGAAUGCCACUGUAAUAAAAGGGUACACGGGUCACGGUUUUUAUUGUAAUUAUUGUAAAGAACAUAGACGAUUGCCUUCAGAUUUAAAAAAACAUAAUUUAGAGGCACAUAGCUUAGUCGAAGACGUUAUAAAAGUGAAAUACGUGUCAGAUCUAUUCAUUAGACUUGAUAUAACGAAUUUAAAAUGUAGUAUUUGUAAUUUAAACUUAGAUAAAUUAGAAGAUUUUACUGCACAUCUAUCCAAAAUACAUGGUAAAAAGUUUCAUACGGAUAUCAAAAAUUAUUUCAUUCCUUUCGUUUUAGAUACAGAUAUGAUGCAAUGCAUGAUUUGCAAGAAAGAUUUUAAACAUUUCAAGCUACUUUCUGAACAUAUGUGUGAACAUUAUCGAAAUUUUGAAUGUUCUCUCUGCGACAGAGCGUUUAUUAAUAAACAAUGUAUGCAAACACACAUUUAUAGACAUAGAAAAGGAGUUUUUAAAUGCUCUCAUUGUCCCAAAGUGUUUGAUUCUCGUCCAAAAAAGAGCGUUCACGAAAGAGUAGUACAUGCUUUAUCAAGUAAAACUCGCAAAUGUUCCUUCUGUAGCGAGCGUUUCGGUACAACAGACUUGGUACAAGCUCACGAAGUAAAGAAACAUGGUGUAAAACCAUUGGUGUUCUCUUGUCAAGCUUGCAACAAAUCUUAUAAUAGCCAAAGUUCCUUAUUAACACACAGAAAACGCUAUCAUUUGAUGUUAAGGCCACAUAAAUGUUCAUAUUGUGAAAUGGCAUUUUUCUCCAAGAUUGAGUUGAGGUCUCAUACGGUUACUCAUACGAAAACAAGGGAUUUUCAAUGCGAUAUGUGUUCGAAAUCGUUCGGGACGAAAUGUAGUUUGAGUCAACAUGUUAGGGGGCACUUAGACGAUCGGAGGUUUAAAUGUGAUCGGUGUGAGCGGUCGUUUGUGCAUAGGACUGCUUGGAAAGGGCAUAUGAGGACAAUCCAUAGUACUAUUGUCUAGAUCACCUUGAGCUUCUUGCCGUUGCUCUAACACUUGCAGUCGCAACUUUGGCUCGAUAUUAAGUCAAAGGCACUAGUUACUGGCUUAUUAGGGGGCAAAAUCAUCGAAUGACUUCUCCCGCCCGGGUGAGGCGAAAGUGAGUGUCAGACUCUUACUGACUAAAAACCACCCCGUUCCUACUCCUACAUUUCGAGCCGAGCGAGCCUUUCAAGAAUAAAGCGGUACUUCACACCGAAACAAUAACUUGUGGUUUACCAAGAGCAAGUCCGGUCAUGCUGACCGUACCGUUAGUACUGUUUCUAUCUUUUGGGAUGGCUCGGUUAACCACCCUCGAUGGCGAUCUAUCAAGAGGCGAUGACGAUGAUGCGCUUAUGGAGGCCCGGCUCCAAGACCUAUAACACAGGUGACCAGUCGCAAGCGUGCGACCUGGAAGUCUUUAAGUCUCGAGUGAAUAGGUUACUUAAAAGCAGGCGUGCUCCAUAGUAGGAUGCAUCAUCGGUUACCACCAGGCGAGACUGACCAAACGUUGUCCCAUUACCUAUAAUAAAGAUAUUGUUUUUGCAUUGAAUCUAAUGAGUAAUAAGGCUCUUUCGAGGUCAGUUAGUUGAAUACAUAGCUAGUCUAAAACUAUUGGACAUUAAACUUUUGACAGCUACAAACAGUCCUUAAAUUACAUUAGCGUCAUUUGGUGAGCUAAGAAAGGGAAGCCUUCAUUAAGAUAUACGAUAUUUCGGUUAAAAAAGAUUUUGCAUUGAAAUUGUCAUGUCCAGUCUUUAGUGUAUCGUUGUACAAGAUAGAGCGAUUCUUCAUUGAAACGACAGGAUCGCCUGGGUCCCUUGUGCAAGUCUGUUUUACGUUAUGAUGUUCGGCACUCUGAUUGGCCUGUUCCAUGUUAACCAACUAAUCAGAGGGCUAAACGCGGUUACGAGUUCUCUCAGUGCAAGCUAGGAUUAUACUGGUUAUUCCGCUAGAACCUUGCCGUGUUACUGAGCACAGUAAAUACAUUGUAUGUCUAAAAAUUUCUUUACGUCGUGAAAUAUUAAUCGGCUUCUAUCGGUUCUUUUAUAGUUCAUAUACACUGUAUAUUUUGAUCCGAAAAAUUGCAAUGAAUUUAAUAGUCCUAAGACUACGUUUCAACAUGCCCUAAUUUAAAAAAAAUCUUUAGAAAUAAGCAUUAAACUGUCAAACACCAAGCGAUCACCGGUGACCGCAACCUAUUGUUCUAUAAUUGUGUCUAUAAUGACGGUACUUGACGAGUUAAAACCAUUUUUUUUACGAUACGCCCUUUUUAUAUAUCUGAUUUAGGUAUAGUUUUGUUAUAUUGUACAAGUACAAUACUUAUAAGUCGAUACUUAAUAAAUAUUUUCAAAUAUAUUGUCGUUUUUUUACCAACAAUACUUUAUAGCCAAAUCUUAAAUGAAGUUUGAACGAAAUCGGAACCUCUUUUGACAUUUUGGAGCGAGAAUGAAAAAAAUGGGAAUACAAAAUAGAAAUUUCCUCUUCUAAUUUUAAUAACUAUAAUAACUUACAUGAAUAUGUUCAAGAAACUAAAGAAGAAAC